AAGGGAGAUUCAGUUUCACUGAUUCCAGUGAUGGCGGCUGCUGGGCUGAGAGAGGAGCUAAACUGCCCCCUGUGCUGGGAGAUCUACACCAACCCUGUAACCCUGCCCUGUGGCCAUAACUUCUGCCUGCGCUGUAUUGGGAGACAUUGGGACCGGCAGAGGAAUAUAGAGGAAGAUCUAUUCUGCCCUGUAUGUAUCCGGAGAUAUGGGAAACAGCCUGAACUGAACAUAAACCUGACUCUGUGUAAUGUAGCAGAACUAUUCCUCCCUACUGACCCACAGCAUGGCGACAUAUGGAUCCCCUGCACUUACUGUGCCCCCCCUGUGCCCGCGGCUAAAUCCUGCCGGCUGUGUGAGGCCUCUCUGUGUGCCAGACAUGUGCGGGUACAUAGCCGGGCAGCAGAACAUGUAUUAACUGUGCCGACUGUUUUGUUUGGGCACAGAAAAUGCUCCGCACAUGGGGAACUGCUGAGAUAUUACUGCACUGAGGAUGGGGCCCUUGUCUGUGUGUCCUGCUGCCUGGCUGGGGGGCACCGGGGCCACAGGGUGGAGCUGCUGAAUGAGGAUAAUAUGGAGAAAUAUAUUCUAGGGAUGGCGGCUGCUGGGCUGAAAUCUGAGCUGACCUGCCCCCUGUGCCGGGGCAUCUACACCGACCCAGUAACCCUGCCCUGUGGCCAUAACUACUGCCUGCGCUGUAUUAGGAGAAGAUGGCACUGGCAGGAGGGGAUAGUGAAGGAACGUUCCUGCCCUGAAUGCAGAGACACAUACAGGAGACGCCCGGAACUGAACUGGAACCUUUAUGAUAUAGUAAAGAGUUUCCUCAGUGCUCUGAUCCCCUGCACUUACUGUGCCCCCCCUGUGCCCGCGGCUCAAUCCUGCCUGACCUGUGAGGCCUCUCUGUGUGCCAGACAUGUGAGGAAGCACAGCCAGUCACACAAACUGAUAGUCUCCAGCAUUUUAUUCAGAGAUAAUGUUUGUUCCACUCACCAGAAGCCCCUGGGGUAUUACUGCCGGGGGGAGGAAGCCUGUAUGUGUGAGGAUUGUGUCCUGAAACACUGGUGGCACAGGGUGGAGAAGCUGGAUGAGAAAACUGUGCAAACCCUAAAAAGAAUGCAGGAGAAUGAAGGAAAACAAAGAUUCCUUGAAGGUAAAUAGGAAAAAAACAUUGGGGUACAAAGUGUGAUUUAGGGGAGGGAAUAAAACCAGAGCAAGAGAAGAGCAUGGGGGGGCAAAUACAAAUGAAAUAACAAUGAGUGUGUAACACUGAACAAACAUACAUUUUGCUUCCUGCAGGGCAGAACCAGCAGCGGAACUAGGGGCAGGUGGGCAGAAGGGGCAAGUGUCAUUCUCACAACAUUGAAUGG